GGCAACCGCGCCGCCUCGCCAGAGGCCGACGGGGAGGGCGCCAAGCCGACUAUGGUGGACAUGAAGGCGCUGGAGAAGGUCGCCUCGCCGCCGACGCCGAAGGGGCAGCGCGCCUCGAAGGGCGUCAAGGUGGUGCCACUGCACGACGGCCCGAGCGAGUCGGUCGCCGACGUGCAGGCCAAGCUCAACAUGCUAACGGCGCACAAUGAGGAGCUGAGUGGGAGGCAAGCGACCGUGCCGGAGCUCGACAAGCUGCUCGCAAAGAUCGGCGAGCUCGGCUGCCCCCCGAUGCGCCAGUUCUCGCUGACGAACCGCACGUCCGUCAUCAAGGAGCGCAUCAAGGACCUCGAGGCGCUCGGCACCGAGUCGGAGCAGCGGCUGCGCGAGGAGUACGCGCACCAGCAAAAGAUGGACGAGAUGCGGCUCGUGUUCGCCAAGAAGGCGGAGGCGCUCAACCGCGCGAUGGAGGAGCGCGUCGACACCUUCAGCGAGAUCUUUGUGGUCGACACCGUCGCCGAGGCCGAGCAGCAGGUGGCCGAGAUCGACGGCUACCGCGAGUCGCUCGAGGCGCUGCAGUGCGACCUCGACGCCAUCGCAGCCUACGCCGAGGAGAUGGGGUCGAUGCGGAUCAGCCGCAACCCGUACUCGCGCUUCGGCAUGCCGGACCUACUCGCGCACAUGAGCCGGUGCGAGGCGGCGCUCGAGGCGAGGCAGGUGUCGGUGCAGGAGGCGCUCGCGCACCAGCAGCAGAUCGACGCGACCAAAAAGGCGUUCGCGGCGGCGGCGGACGCGAUCCUCGAGUUCGUCAAGGCGGAGCGCGUCAAGCUGGACGCGGUCGCGCCGCCCGGGCUGGUCAUCCAGCCCGACGACACGGCGGCGAUCGAGAAGGGCAAGGCGAUGGGGAGUGCGCUGGACGCGCUGAUGGCGCCGGACGCCAAGGAGGGGCGCGACGCGAAGCUGCUGCCGGCGCAGGAGCUGUCCGACAAGCUGAUGGAGGCCGCGGAGCUGGACAACCCGUACACGGCGCAGACGAUCAUGACGCUCAAGACGCAGAUCGACCUCCUCGACAAGGUGCUGCGCGACAAGCGGUCCUUUGUCGAGGGGCAGCUCGCGCGCGCUCAGGCGGAGAUCACGAGCGAGCAGUACGAGGAGAUCAAGAAGGUCUUCUACCACUUCGACAAGUCCAAGGACGGGCUGCUCAACCAGCUCGAGUUUGCGGCCGCCAUCAAGGCGAUGGACUUCGAGAUAGCGGACCACGAGCAGGAGCCGACUUUCCUCCGGUUCGCCAAAGAGGGGCAGCGCGCCGAGGAGCCGGCGGCGAUGACCAUCGACCUGAGCGGCUUCACCACCUUCGUGCUCCAGCAGUACAAGGACAACGACACCAAGGACACCCUCUUCGCGGCCUUCGAGACGGUUGCAAACGGCAAGGACACGCUGUCCGCCGAGGACAUCCGUGCGGCGAUCCCGCAGGAGGAGGCGGACUACCUGCUCUCGCAGCUCGAGCUGAAGGACGGCGACCACGGCCUCGAGUACAAAAAGUUCACAGAGGCCAUCUACGGCGGCACCUGAGGGGAGGGGGGGAGAGCAGGCCCACACGGCAGCAUGUGCAUUAGACAAGGGCGUCGGCCCACCCCUCCCCCCCGCUCCCCGCUCUCCGCCACUCCUCUGCUCUGCCAGGGAGCGUGCGGCUGGGGACGGGCGCGGUGGCGUAGCAGUCUUGUGGAGCGUAUUGCGUCGAGCCAGCGGCGCAGGCUGCUGCGGCGACCGCCGCUCCGCCGCACGGAGGCGCACGCAUUUCCGCGUGAUCGGUCGGUGUCACGAGGGAGAGAGCAAGCUAGACGAGCCUUUGUGUACAAACAAUGUGUUUUUCGAGCGC